AUGGCCUCGGCAAAGAAGCUCACCCCGCUCGAGCUCAAGCUCCUCAACCACGGCCUCGCAGCGCCAAAGGGGGAGAUCAGCCAGCAUGACCUCCUCGCCUCGUGCGGCCUCAGCAUCAACUCGAGCGUUAUGGACGCCAUCAACGGCCUCCUCCGCAAGAACCUCCUCCAGAUGCUCAAGACCGACUCGGGCGCCAUCCUCUUCCGCUUCCUCGGCAAGGAAGAGGCCAAGGCGAUGGGCUCGAUGGACGCCGACGAGAAGCUCGUCCUCGACCAGAUCAAGGAGUCGGGCGACCUCGGUAUCUGGAGCCGCACGCUCACGACAAAGACGGGCCUGCCGAGCGGCACCGUCACCAAGGCGCUCAAGGCCCUCGAGAGCCGCAAACAGGUCAAGACGGUCAAGUCGGUCAAGAACCCGACUCGCAAGAUCUACAUGCUCUCCGGCAUCCAGCCCUCGGUCGAGUUGACGGGCGGGCCUUGGUUCACCGACAACGAGCUCGACACGGAGCUCGUCGACAUGCUCAAGCGCGUCGUCCACAAGUACCUGACCGACAAGUCCAUCCCUCGCUCCAUCACCAUCGCCGACCCAUCCGCCUCGGACCCCGUCAAGUUCCGCCCCAUCUACCCCGCCACCGCCACGCCGUACCUCCCUACCGUCCACGACGUCCUGCGCAACAUCAGCGAGCUCGAGGUCAUCUCGGUCCAGCUCAAGCAGGAGCACGUCGAGGCGCUCCUCGACCUCAUGGUGUACGACGGCCAGGUCGAGAAGAUCCUCGUCAACCGCGACGCGUCGACAUUUGGCACGAGCACGUCGAACGACACGGCGUCGUCGCGCAAGACCGACGGCAAGGGCAAGGGCAAGGCGCGCGCGUCGUCCAAGUCGUCCAAGCGCCGCAAGGGCUCGUCGGACGCGUCGUCGAGCGAGUCGGAUGAUGACGCGCGCCGCCGCAGCUCGAAGAAGGGCAAGCGCAACGCCAACGGCAAGGCGCGGCGCAAGCGCGCCAAGCUCGCGUCGGACGCCGAGGCGUCGAGCGAGUCCGAGUCCGAGGACUUUGACUCGGACGACGACGCGCCGAGCCGCUGUCGCAAAAAGGGCGGCGCCGCGAGCGACGACGAGGACGGCGGCAAGAAGGCGUCGAAGCGGAGGAAGAAGCGCGGGAGCAGGCGCGUCAAGCGCUCGUCGUCGGACCCGGACGCGAGCUCGAGCGAGAGCGAGGACGGCGUUCGCGGCGGCAGCAGGCGCCAAGGCGGCGGUGAGCGCAAUGCGGGCAUGGGCGACGACGACGACGACGACGACGAGGCGGCGGCGGCGGCGGCGCGCGAGUCGCAGACGGGCACGCAGUACGUGUACCGCCUCAUCCGGUCGUACGCGCCCACGAUCGGCUGGACCGACAUGCCGUGCGGCAAGUGCCCCGUCGAGGACUUCUGCGCCGAGCCGCCUCGCCAACGCGCCGUCGCGUACCGUCGCCCUCCCGCCGUCGCCGCCGUGCGCCCGAGCGUCGCGACGUCGGCCGGCGCGCCCAAGAUCCGCAUCGAGCUCGACGGCGGCAUCCAGGGCGUCGGCAUGCUCGGUGGAGCCGGCGCCGCCAUCGGCGUGUCCGAGGCCAAGUGGGGCGAGAUGAAGGGAGCGGUCGGCGCCGGCAUCGCCCCGGUCAACCCGCGCGACUGCCCGUACUUCUCGAAGGACACGGGCUGGCUCGCCAUUUGA